AGUUGUGGCAAGGCCCUCGAGCAACUCGCAACACAACACAUAACAACAGCAUCCCCAAUAAGUGGCAGCAACUACGCCGCAUGGCAAAGCACCAACGGCCGCAUUUGUUGUUAAUUGAAAUAAAUUGAAAUAAAUUCCCCGACUUUGCUGCUCAUAUUGUUAAUAAAGAGAAGCCGGAGCGACGCAACAGCGAAUCAGCAGCAGUAAACAAAACUGUGAGCAAAAGGUUUUAGUUCCAUUCCAGGCGUCAGACGACUUUGAGUACAAGCGACAAACAACCAGAACAUCUAAGGAAUUCCGAGCGAACAAUGUGAAUAAUCGCAGCAUCCGGCGACACAGGACAUGCGCAGUGGCCUUUUUGGUAGUUGCAUUUCGGCCAACAGCGACUGAAAGAGCAGAGAGCGGAGGAGCAUGGCCUUUUCCCGCCACAACAUCGAGAAGCGCCGACUCAUCGAGCUCGUGCGACUCAACCCAAUCCUCUGGGACUGCCGCCUGCCACACUACAAGCGUUCGGACAAGCGAAAAGCCAUCAAAUGGAACGAGUUGGGGCGGCUCUUCAACGUUAAUGGCGAGCGGGUGCAGCGCACGUUUACUUCGCUCCGCGAGAUCUUCCGCCGCGAGCUGAACCACGAAAAGAUGCUGGGCACCACGCGCUUCAAGUCCAAGUGGGAAUACUACGAUGCCAUGGCCUUCCUCAAGGAGGUCAUUCGGGAACGCAAAUCUCGCGAGCGCAUCAAGCACGGCUCUUUGGAUUCAGCACCAGUAGCCACAGGCAGCAGCAACAAUAACAACAACUGCGUAAGCCGCAAUAGCAGCAACAACAACAGCAGCAGUGCGGCCCUAGACGAAUAUCAGUACUUUGCUCCUAGCGACCCCAACAACCCGAACAAUCAGCCCCAGCUGCAGCCCGAACCAAAGAGUAGUCUGCCAGUGACUAUUCCCAGUCUAAGUCUCACCCUCAGCCAGUUGCCGGUGGCUCUGCAGCAGCAGGCCCAGCAUCUCCAAGCCUUACAGUUGCAACCGGACGUGACGCUGACUUCCCUGCAGAAACAAUCUUUACCCACUUCCCUUACCAAUGCCACACCCGCGCCCUUAGCACAAACCUCGCCCGCCCAGGUGCUGUCCAGCUCGCGCUCAUGCAGCUCUUCGCCCUCCAUCUAUAUAAAGGACGAGCCGUGUUCUCCGGCAGGGGGUUGUCCGGAAGAAGUGAUGACCGGAAAUGGACCAGAGGCGACAAGGAAGAAGCUGGCCACAAUUCGUCCGCAGACCAAACAGCAACUUAAAGCGCGUCUGCAGCUGCCCACGCCCAAAAACUCAUCAUCGUACGCUACGUCGCCGCCCCAUUUGAUCAUCAAUGCCAACAACGAGCUUAUUGACACCGACGCCGGGGACCUGGAGGAGGAUCUGGACGACUUCGACGAGGACGACGACGUGACCGGACGCUGCUCACCAAUCGUCGGCCAGUCGGAGACGAUGGGUGCCGACGGCAGACUUUCGGUCGGAAGCAUUUAUAUCGGUGACGGUGGCGACUGCGGAAGGGGUAUGGGUAGAGCCCACACUCAGGCGCGACACGUGCCUACCUCCAGAGAACUGCUCUACAUGAAAUUCGGUGACUUUCUGGCCGCCAGAUUGAACACUUUGCAUGAGACUGUAGCUAAUGAGCUGAUGAACAAGAUGCUUCUGCUAAUUGCAGAGAAGUGAGAAAAGCGGGGACCGAUGUCGCCUCUAAAAUUAUUGAAUUUAGAGUUGCGUAAGGUAAGUGCAUUCAAAUAUGGAAAUGCCAUCUUACACAAUCAGCUAUCAAAUAAAAGCGUGUAAGUAAGAUUGCCUCGGCAAGCUGAUGCUUUACAAAUUACGGAUGACUACCGAAUAAGAAAAGAACACUUUGAUUUCUUUUCUAUGAUUUGCAAAUAAUUUUUUGACUUCGCCUACUGCAGCUAUAUUAUAAAGUCGUCCGAUUUCGAUCAAGUUAUACCAAUAUAUUGUUAAAAAUAUGGAUCAUACCGAAAACUAAGGGAAGUACAGUUGUGUAUUUCAAAAGCUCAUAUUGUGGCUAUGUAAUAUAGUUGUCCAAUCCCGUUCCAACUGAAAUACAAACUGGCAAUAGAAGGACUUACAUCUGGUUUUAAAGUUUAAUAUAACAAACUCAUUACGAUGUUUAUAAAAAUUAAUUUUAAAAACAGCCUUUUCUUUAAUAAAUAAAGUAAAAAUAUG